AUGACGACUUUGAAGCUUUACAAGCAUGUGCUCCUAUGGCUGUUGUGUGAUCUUGUUUCUUCAGGGAUUGAAGUUAAUGGACUCGAUUAUGAUUACAGUUUCAGUUCAGAGUGUUUGACGAAUCCCCUUCAACCUCAAUAUGGUGGCGGAAUUGUUCUAAACCCGGACAUAAGUGAAGGUUUAAACGGCUGGUCCAAGUUUGGAGAUGCAAAAUUAGAACUAAGGAUUUCAAAAGAUGGCAACAAGUUCAUUGCUGCUUCUGAUCGAAAUGCAUUGCACGACAGUCCAUCGCAGACCUUUUUCUUGAGAAAGGGAACUUUCUACGUUAUUUCCGCUUGGUUACGGAUUAGCGAGGGAAACUCUCCAAUAACAGCAGCAUUCAAAACAUCUACCGGCAUUAAAAAUGCUGGCACAGUUUUUGCGCGAUCUGGCUGUUGGUCUAUGCUUAAGGGCGGUCUAGUUGUGAAUGCCUCUGGCCCUGCCCAACUCCAUUUUCGUAGUGAAAAUGCAACCGUUGAGCUGUGGGUGGAUAGCAUUUCAUUGCAACCAUUCAGCGAAGAUGAAUGGAAAGCUCACCAAGAUCAAACCAUUGAGAAGGUACGCAAGAGCAAGGUGAUAUUCCGGGCAGUGGAUCCUCAAGGUCGGCCAUUAGCCAAUGCAAGCAUAUCCAUACGACAGCUGAUAGGCAACUUUCCAUUUGGUUGCGCGAUUAACAAGAACAUCCUGCCCAAUCCAGCAUACAAAAGUUGGUUUACGUCGAGAUUUAGGUUAACAGUGUUUGAAAAUGAAAUGAAGUGGUACAGCACUGAAACGUCUCCUGGUAAAGAAGACUACUCAGUCGCUGAUACCCUGCUACGGUUUGCCACGAUGAACGGGGCUGUAGUCCGUGGCCACAAUGUUUUGUGGGACGAUCCUCAGUAUAAUCCAUCAUGGGUUCAAGCCCUUUCCCCAGGUGAUCUAGAAGCAGUGGCCACUAAAAGAGUAAAUUCUAUAGUCACAAGAUACAAGGGACAGCUCGUUCACUGGGACGUGGUUAAUGAAAAUAUACACCACAAUUUCUUUGAGAGUAAGCUGGGGGAAACUGCAUCAUCUGUGUUUUAUGGACAGGCUAAUCAGAUUGAUGGAAAGGCAAUUCCCUUCUUAAAUGACUACAAUACAAUUGAGAAGAAAGAUGACCAAACAUCGAGUCCUCCAAAGUAUCUGGCAAAAAUUAAAGAAAUUCGGUCACAGGGUUACCAGGGACCGCUUGGAAUUGGACUCGAGGGACACUUCGGUGCUCCGGACCUAGCUUAUGUAAGGACUUCAAUUGAUUUGCUUGCUUCCACAAAAUUACCUAUUUGGGUUACGGAAUUGGAUGUCUCUAGCCAGCCCAAUCAGGCCACGUACUUGGAUCAAAUAAUAAGGGAGGUUCGGGGACAUCCAGCCAUUCAAGGGCUACUAAUCUGGGCUGCAUGGUCUCCUCAGGGAUGUUAUCGAAUGUGUUUGACGGACAAUAACUUCAGAAACCUUCCAACAGGGGACGUUGUUGACAAGAUCAUCAAGGAAUUGAAGCAUGAGGAUUUGAUAGGCACUACAGACGAUGAGGGCCAUUUUGAGACUUCACUUUAUCAUGGAGAUUAUGAAGCUAUAAUAAGUCAUCCAGCUAUGCCGAGUUCAUCCUCCUCAGUGGGAAUGAAAUUUAAUGUGGCUCCAACAACAAACCAGGCAACUUUGGAUGUCAAGUUCUCCUCCAUCAGCUUUUCUUGAAUUAAGAAAUUCACGCUGAACUAGUGACUUGUUCGCCAAGGUUAAAGCAAUACAUUUAUGUAGGGAGAAAUUUUGAACAAUAGUGGAUGAUUAUCUUCUAAU